AACGAGCGAGUUUAGCACCCCCCUAUAGAAUGCCCCCUCACUUUGCUUUCAGAAAACCCGCUGAACAAUAUUAACAUAUGAAUUUCACACCACAGCUUUGGUUAGGGUCUUACACACUGGCUGGCCGCUCUAUUAGGACCUGCGUCUAACAUCCAGCCACUGUUUUGGCUCAUUACAGCCUUGACACACUGUGGGAGAGACUCCACAAGGUGCUGGAAGGUAGCGGAACAUGUUUCAAUGUGCAUUCUCAAGGCUAGAAGCAAGACUCCUUCCUAUUCCACAGCAGUGUCACCCGUUCCAGGUUUUACUACCAGCUUGAUCAGCCCCCAGUGUGUCUAGGUAACAAGCUCGGGUGUGUCUUAUUAUUAUUAAACUCCUAGUGAAACCAGGAAUGUUUAUUCUAAGUCUAUGAAGCUGAGUGCUAGUUCAUUCUAUAUAGAGGGGGUGCAAUUCAAUAUGUUAACAAGGGAACAUUAUUCAGCAGCUUUCACUGGACUCUAUGAAGCUGAGGGAGUUCAUUCUACAGGGUGAUGCAAAACUGUUGGCCAGCAGGUUAUUCCUUAUCUGGGCUAUACCUUGGCACCCCUGUCCGUCAUUGGCCUAAAUCUGCCCAAACUUUGUUUUUUUUUUAAUGGACAAUGCAUUCUGGGAAGUCCUGCCUCUCUUAAGAAGGUCAGAAUGUUACCUGAGACAGGUAAAGCGUACCAGCAUGCAUUGCCAGUUGAAAAGUCUCAGCUGUCUCAGGAAGCCGAUUAGCUACAGGCAGGGUUGAAAUGAAAGUGUGCUCAAUAUUUCACAGCCAAAGACUUGGCAACUGGUUUUUGAUGAGCGUCCGCAGUCUGCAAGGAAAAGACUGCGCAGUGCAAGGAGGGGGGUGCAGUCUGAAAAGUAGUAAAAUUUGACAGAUCUCAGCUAUGUCGUUUAAAAGGGAGGGCAAUGACCCGAGCCAGCUGAACGUGCUCAAGAAACGUAGAGUCGCAGAACUUCUAUCCCAUUUCAUCCCAGAAGAUGAGGCUGCUUUACUGAAGAAUGGCAGGUACACUUGCUUGGUUUGUUCCUACCGUCCUGUCUUUGACACAGUGGACAUGCUGACCGUCCACAGGGCUGGCAAGAGACACCUGGAGGGGCUAAAAUGGUUUUAUGGCAAGAAGCGGAGCUUUGAAAAUGAAGUUGCUAAACGGAGGCACCUGGACUACUUGAAAGCAGAAGAGGAGGGCCAGCAGGAGGUUCCUGGUCCUGCGCCCCUAUUGGUUCAAACCCGUAGGAUUACCCAUCAUGCUCUCCUGAAGUCCGCACCCUACAGCAGCUGUCACCAGAAGAAGCCCAGGUUUGUGAUCCAGCCCGGGUCGGGUCGGAUCGGAUCGGGGGUGGGGUCCAAAUCAUUUCAACUCCCAGUUCCCUUUUAAAAUCAAUUCCCAUUCUCUUUUAACCCUUAGCGGUCCAUUUAUUCAGUGCUUGUCAGGUGCAUCAG